GCCAAGAAAAAGAAGGUUGCGACCAAAGAGGAGGAGCCAGAGGUGGAAGAAAGCUGCGUCUACCUGUCGCAGGCCAUCGAUUGGCAGCUCGCUCUCGGCUGGAUGGAGAUGACGCACCAAGAGCCGCACCUCCUCCAGUGGAAGGGACUGACAAGGAAUGAGCCCACACCGACGGCUGUGUACGAGGCGAAUCGCUUCUUGCGCUUUCGGCUGCAGCCGCCCCCUCACGGCGGCCGCACGAGGGCCAAGCCGGCCAGCUGUUUACUGGCGAUGCCUCAGCAAGAGUCGCUGGCAAGGAUACCCGAGGCCAGCAGAAACCGGGCCACAAACAUCCCGUAUUUUUCCACCCUCCUGAACACCAGCGUCCUCAGCAACGACGAGAUUCAAGCUAUUCAGUUGGGGCAGGAGCCACCGAAGCAGGACAAAGAUAUCCCGCUGGAGAUGGCGAACUCCAACCUCUUUUUCGAGCUCUACGUCCGCCAGCGAAACUAUCCGUUUCCGCCGCCUCUUCGCCUGGCUUUUGGUGCCGUGCGAGCGGGUGGCAAAAAGAAGGAGAUGAUCCGCCUCGACCUGUCCAGGUCGAUCCAGUGGAUGGAGCCCGAGCUGUUUCAGCUCCCAAUCGGCGAUCACGAAGAGCCGGUGAUCAAAAUGCGCUGGUGGAUCAGCUUCCCAGUCUUCAGCUUCGUCUGCAAGGGCAGAGGUCUUGACUGCUCAGGACUUCACAACCCUUGCGGAGAUCCCUUCGAAUGGAUGGUGUGCGUCUACGACGACGAUUAUCCUGGCGGGGCACAUCUGCAGGAAGCCGCUUGGGCGUUCCGGGCGGACUUGCCGGGGCAGGGCCUGCGUCCGUACGACAAGAUGCCCGAGCGGAUGAAAGAGCAACUUAAGGCUGCCGAGUCGGUGGCCGAGGUGGAGGAGGAAGAGGAAGGGCAGCCCCUCGCUUUGCCGGCCAGCUUGGUCGAUUUCUGGGCAAACCUGAUCAGCACAGAGGUGCCCUUCGUGACCAAGGCCGACGGCUACGUUCGCUUCGAAGUGCGUCGGAACAGCCAAGGUCAUUUGAACGUGUGGCCGCCAUAUUGGAUCAUUGCCUUCCCCAGCCGGGAAAACGGCGGAAAGCAGAGGUACCACACCGGCCUCCUCCACAUCGGCAUGGCCCCUGAGGAGGCACUGCCGGAGGCGCCUCUGCUGCCUUGUUUGUUUGCUUCAAUCGGAUGUAGCGAGGGUUUGUUUUAUAAGAAUGUCGCUGAGGGCUCUAGUCUUGUCAGGGUUCGAUCGGAAAGUUUCAGAAACGAUUGGAUCCCGAAGUAG